UUCCUAAAUGGCUCUCUUGAAGAAGAGGUGUAUGUUCAACAACCUCUUGGCUAUGUUGUAAAGGGUGAAGAGAACAAGGUGCUUAAACUGAAGAAAGCUCUCUACGGCUUGAAACAAGCUCCAAGAGCUUGCAAUUGCAAAAUUGACAGAUACUUUUAGGAGAAUGGCUUUGUCAAGUGCCCUUAUGAAUUUGCUCUCUAUGUAAAGGUGAGCAAUGGUGGAAUUUUAAUUGUUUGCCUUUAUGUAGAUGAUCUAAUAUUUACAGACAAUAAUCCAAGAAUGUUUGAAGAAUUCAAAAGGGCAAUGAGCAGUGAAUUUGAAAUGACAGAUAUAGGACUCAUGUCCUAUUAUCUUAGCAUAGAAGUGAAGCAAAUGGAGGAAGGCAUCUUCAUUUCACAAGAAAAUUAUGCAAGGGAGGUGCUUAAAAGGUUCAACAUGAGCAAUUGUAAACCGGUGAAUACUCCGGUUGUCGGUCGCAUCAAGCUGUCCAAGUUUGAAGAAGGUGGAAGUGUGGAUGCAACUCUUUUUGGAGUUUAGUUGGAAGUUUGAGAUAUUUAACUUGCACAAGACCUGAUAUUUUGUUUGGAGUUGGACUGGUUAGUCGAUAUUUGGAGGCUCCUACAACAGUUCAUCUAAAGGCAGCAAAGAGGAUCCUUCUCUAUAUAAAAGGUACUGCUGAUUUCGGGUUGAAUUAUUGUGCCUCUAAUGACUUUACUCUUAGAGGUUUCAGUGACAGUGAUUGGGCCGGAGAUAUUGAUGAUAGAAAGAGCACCACUGGAUGUGUGUUUUGCAUGGAUGAUACAGCUUUUACUUGGAGCUUGAAAAAGCAGCCCAUUGUUACUCUGUCAACUUGUGAAGCAGAGUAUGUCGCUCUUAAUUCUUGUGUAACUCAUGCAGUUUGGUUGAGGAAUUUGCUAAAGGAGCUUCAUGUCACACAAAAGGGCCCAACAGAAAUAUAUGUUGACAACAAAUCUUCAAUUGCAUUGGCAAACAAUCCUCAAUUUCAUGAAUGAAGCAAACAUAUUGAUACCAGGUAUCAUUAUGUGCGCCAGUGUGUUGAAGACAAAGUGGUGCAACUAAUUUUUGUGAAAUAUCAUGAUCAGAUGGCAGACAUCCUUACCAAGGCUCUCAAGUUCGAUGUUUUCAAGAAAUUAAGAAGCUGUCUUGGAGUUGGAAAAAGUCAUGUUUAAAGGGGGGUGUUGAAAGGAUAAACAUACCUUUAAUAUUCAGUUCAUGUAUUGGGUAUGAAUAAUAUUUAAUAAUGUAUCUAAAAGAAUGGGAUUCAUGUAUACCAGUUAACUAGGGGAAGAACCAGUUUUUAUGAUUUAUCUAUAAAUAACUUUGUAAGUU